AGAACCAUAACAAAAACCAUGUUUUAUUGUUAAUUCUCGUUUUGUAUAUUUGUUAAAUUAAUAUAUUCCUAAACUGAAUAAUUUAUUCUCUAAGUUUUUCCUAAAAUAACUUUUCCGAAAUAAACAUUAGUUGACAAUGCGUUUAAUGGUUUCGUUUGUUUGCAACGUCUUAACUAUGAGCAGGCUACUGAAAGCAGCCUCAAAACGAUUAAUAAUUUAAAAUAUUUAAGGGAUCAAGAAAUUUGUUAAGAUCAACAUCCUCUAGCUUUGUUUUCUAUUUAUUAAAGCAGAAUGCCUAUCAAAGUAUCCCACACAAAACCAAGCACUCGAUCGGCCGAGAGAGAAGUCGACGAAAUCAUCAGACGCUUGGAAUAUUCCCGAAACAGCGGAACUCUCAAAGACAGUGAGAACAUCUCAUUACGUAACUCAUCAUUACGUAACACACGGCAAACGUCAAAAGGUCUAACACCCUUCGACUUUUCUACACAAGUGGGCAGUAGAAGGAGGUCAAGGUCAAACGAAAGAGACAUAAUGACCUCUACUGGAGUUGGAUCGGAAGUUCCGCCUCUUGGAAGAACGAUGGCCAUGCAUAAACCAGUUCCGACAUUCGAAGAUUCAGUCUAUCAUAACGAUUUCAAGAACAUCGAUGCUCAAGUUCUCAAAGACAUCGCACUUAAGAACUCCAGAUACAUGUCAAACUACGGUGGAUGUUUCAACGUCACCGACCGUCGAAAUCACCCGGGAGGUGGUCUCGUCAAAAACGUGACGAACGUUCACGGGAAACAAACGAGUUACAUCACGACUUACCCGCCGGCGCCUGUACCUCGUGAACGAAUCCGAGAAGAACUCGUUCGCUACUCGGCUCCAACGUUCACCAGUGACGUUCUAGGUCAACAGGGGGCGACUUUCAUGCAGCCUGGCGAGUCAAGUUACAUGACUCAGUUUCGAAAUUACUCCCAAAUCAAAAACUUGGACAGAGCCAAGCCCCUGUCGAUUAACAAGUCAAUGACUAGAAACUGCCCCGCGCCGGGUGGAACGUGUAAUAUAUUGACUCACGACGGACAGGUGAUGAGAAUAUUCGAGAACAAAUCGCAGUCGGCUCCGUCGCACCCGUUUGACACGAGAAAAUCAAAUCUGGACGUACGUUGGUCUGUUCUGAACAACAGCAAAGAGGAUGUGUCAUCCGUGUCCAGGAAGGAAAUCGAGAGAUUGAACGAACUAUGGCCAGUCAACAAGACUUCGUCUAAGGAGUGUUCGUACCAGGAGACAGUGACUGAGGCUGCCACUGACAAGUACAGGAGACUGCAACACAACAGUGUCAGAGACUAUCAGUCCAAUCGCAGUUCAGGAUGGAGGUGGGCAUCUGACGACAAACUGGAAAAAUGAAAUGGGAAGAGGAGGCGUGAAAGAAAAGGGAUACUUGUGAAGAACUCUUAGUCAAUGAGAUCUAAAGCUUCUUUUCUUUUCCAUUCCUUCCUACAGGUUUAUAACUUUUUUUAAAAGAUUCGCGGCUAAA